AUGCUCUUUUCACGUAAAAAAGUAACGGCGUCUAUUGAGGGCACACAAGGGAAAUACGUGAAGCGUGAGAGCCCGCCAUCAGUUCCAUCAUUAUCAGCGACGUCAGUUGGGAGGACUCGACGGAGCCCGAUGAGCGCUUCAAGUUUGUUAUUAGAUAAUCAGGAUGAAUCUCAAGAAAUAGCUGAGGACGCGACGGCGGCCGAGCCGAGCGGCUCACAAAAUGACAUCGAUGAAAUUGAAGAUGAAGAAUACGAUAUAUAUAAAUCAAUUGACGCGAUUUUCGAGAACAAGGAAAAAGAUUUCGUAUGCCUGCCUUCACGGUCAACUGUAAGUGAGAAUGACGUCUAUAGCGAAUCAAACGAGGAGCCGUCGACAUCGUUCGGAAUGCGAAACAAUAACGUUUUAUCAUCGAGAAGCUUCAAUAGAGGUGCUUUACGAUAUGUGCCGAGGAAAUCAUUAACAACUUCGCAUUCCAUUGGAAAUGUGGAACAAGGCCUAAAAGACCUCAGUAUACGAGACGACGAUAUGACCGCAGGACAUCAGCCGAGAUUUCAAUCUCUUCAAACACUUCCUAGUGAACAGAUCAUGACAAUUCAACAAUAUCGAACAUCAUGUGGCGAUCUUGGAGCGACACCGGAUUUGCCGCUUCCAGAAAAUUGGGCAAUCGAGUAUACGAGUGAAAACCAGAUGUAUUACGUCGAUCACGCGAAUAGGAGAACACAUUGGGUCCAUCCAUUAGUCAAUGAGAGUUUAAAGCCGGGCUGGAAGAAAUGCUUCAAUCCGCAGAAAGGCGUAUUUUAUUACAACGAGAGCCUGCAGAAAACGCAAUUUGAGCAUCCCGGAAUAUCAAAUCCAAUUUUUCGGACAGAAUCAGUGAAUGUGGCGAAUCGAUCAACAAUGGACUUGAACGCAAACCUUCAUAUUAUUGAAGAGAAGGAACUUCCUCCAUGGCUUCUUAUGUACGCCCAAUCGGAUUCUUCAUUGGAUCAUCUUUUAGAGUGGGAAUUAUUCGAUCUCAAACAGCUGAAAGAAUAUGAGCACAUAAUGCUUAAACUAUAUAAACAGGAAGUCAUCGAUAUUGUCCGAAAAUAUGAGAAGCGAAGGAACGUUCUGAACCGUGAAAUCCACAGACGCGAUAUUUCACGUCCUCCACCGCCCAGAAAUUAG